AUGGAUGUCCUCUUUGUAGCCAUUCUUGCUGUGCCGCUCAUCCUGGGACAAGAAUAUGAGGAUGGAGAAGAACUGGAAGAGGAUGAGUAUUACCAGGUGAUCUAUUAUUACACAAUCACCCCCAGCUACGAUGACUUUAGUGUGAACUUCACUGUUGAUUACUCUAUGUUUGAGCCAGAGAACACAGUGAACAGGUUGGAUGAGAAGGUGGAAGCAUCAGAGACUACCAUUAGUUAUGAAACAGACCGCGCUGACCAUCAGAAGCCUGUAACAGAGAAACCAAUGACAAUGGAACCACAGAGUCCAGAUCUGAAUGAUGCUGUAUCCCGUCUGCAGAGUUCUGGUUCACUCCUUCUGUUCUGGGCCCUCGUUCGGGGGGGGAUUUAUCUCCUGUAA